CUGAUAUGGAGUGUAAACAGUCCUUUACUGUUGGGAGGGACUAUAGGCCUACAGUAGAAACAUGAGGAAGUGAAACCUGAGGGAAUAUGAUCUUCCCUAUACAGGUGGUUUAAGCACAUGAUCUGACAUGUAGGAACAGAUUCCACUGGCAGCUCGGUGCUGCGUUGUUUUACUUCAUUUGUUAAUGAUGAUAAAUGAAGUGUCUCUGCUGGUCACUGUUGAGGGUGUCGUUGGAGGUUCUGUUGUUUUACCUUGUUCUUCUAAAAAAUCUCAACUAACAGUGAAUUGGAGAUAUGGUGACAGGUUGAUUGUAUAUGCCAUUAUUAAGGGUCAAGUCUCUCUGGAAGGACAAGACCCAAAGUUCAAGAGCAGAACUAAAAGCUUCACUGAGGAGUAUCUGAGAGGAAACUUCUCCAUCAAACUCAAUGAUCUUCAACACACUGAUGCAGGAGAAUACCAGUGCUACAUCAUAGAAGAAUCAAAAAUUGAAACUGUGGAGCUGCGUAUCAAAGUGCCUCUGCAGGUCUUAUUUGUGGGUUUUGUUGGAGAUUCUGUGGUUUUACCUUGUUCUUCUGAGCAGAACACGGCUGAAGACAUUACAGUGCACUGGAGACACAAUGAUAGUCUGAAAGUCUUUGACAUUAUUAAGGGUAAGGUUUCUCUGCAAGAGCAGGAUUCAGUUUAUAAGAACCGAACUGAAAGCUUUCCUCAAGCAUUUAAGACUGGAAACUUCUCCCUCAAACUCAACAACCUUCAGUACAAUGAUUCAGGAAACUACAAAUGCCACAUCACAAAUGAAUUACUCAUUUACAGCAUGGAGCUACUAGUCAAAGGUGAAAAAGACCAAGGAACACAAUCAAGAACAGAGAAGAUUGUGGCUUUGCUUUCUGUUUUCAUUCUGCUCUGUAUUCAAGUAUAUUGACCAGAGAAGCAGUUUAUCUUCUUAUUACAGUAUCUACAUGAGCUUAUUGUGUGUUUCUCUGAGAUGGAAUGAGAUUCCAACCUUAACCUGAUCAGCUAAGAUCACCACAACCUUCAAGAAACAGCUGGCGACACUCCUCAUCUGUUUUAUGUAUUCAUUUAUUUAAUAUCCUCCAGCAUCCUCAAUUUGAUAACUGUUUUUGGCUGUUUAGGGAAUACAUAGAAGACUGGAUCUUUUGAAACUUUGAUUGAAUACCUUUCAAGAAGGGAAAAGGGAAUGCACAUUUAUAUGCCUGUUGCUUGUUUAUAUUUGUAAACUACCUGCUGCAUGACCGUGUCAAAAUAAUGCCAUAGUGAAUGCACAUCUUUUUUCUUUUUUAAUGAAUGCACAAUGUUAUCAAAGCUUAAUGCGGUUCACUGAAAUUACAGUGUGCAACGUAAUAGUUAAGGUUAAAAGGAUUGUUGCCAAACAUACAACACGCCAGAAACAUGUAAAUCACUGCAAUAAUGAUCCAAUAAGAUUGUUUUUCUAGUAGUUUAUAAAGGCUAUACAUCAUCUAGUGGCUACAUCAUGGUAUUGCAUAUGAUUUGAUGUGUUUAUUUCCACCACAUAACACCAUUCUGUCUCCUUUAAUUGGAAUAUAUAUAAGGAAUGUAAAAAAAAAAAAAAAAAAAAACUAUUGAGAUCACAUAUAUGAUAAGUUAGACUUGAGGUGUUCACUUUUAAAGUUGUGAAGUGUGACCCCCAAAAUGAGGAGCCCCGUGGGUUACUUAAAUACAUCCUUAAUGGCUUUUAGCAAAAUGUAAGUUAAUAAUAUUUUGUUUCCCAAGAGUGAACAGAAUAAAUAAAACCAUACAAUUCUAUAUAUAAAUGGUAUUAAUUAAUUCUUUGUAACUUAGAGCCUGCAGUACUAGUUGCAGUACACAUUUAAAAUCACAUUAAUAUAGCGUAGCUUUUCAUAGCGUUUAUACAGCAAAUCCUCAUUAUUGAUGUAUAUAGUGUCACGUACGGAUUUAUAUUGACAGAUUAUGACAUUCAACUGAACAUUAGCUUUUGUUGAACAUAACUAAAUGUUAUUGUUUUGUUCAAAGUCUGUUUUUUUUCUUCUUCACACAAUCUAGUAAAAUAAUAAAUGACAGAGCCCCUUUUGAAGACCCUAGAUGUAAACAUUUGAUUUCAUUAAACAUAUGAAAAAUACUAGGCAAGUUAAAAGUAAAAAACUAAACAAAAAAAAACUAUUCACUUGCAAUCAGGAUAAACAAAGUUUGCACGGACCACAUUGAGCUUGUGGUGUAUCGAAUGCAGAGAGCAUAAACCACCAACAUUCAACAGACACUCAGAAAACCUUGUAAGAAAAUGUAAAACUAAAAACUGCAUUUUCUUAUUCUAGCUUUGUCAUGUUAAGAAUGUUGCAUAUUUGUGAGUAUAUACAUGGUAAAUUAUAAUAAAUGUCAACGUUUUUCUUAAGCCACAUGUGUCUGUGUAUGAAUUGAUGUUCAAUGUGAUAUCUGGGUCCUGAAGUAAAACUACUGAGAACUCGUAAAACUAACAAACCAUUAAAUAAUAGUUUAUAGAACAUUAAAAAGCUAAAUUUCUUGCAAAUAUAUAUAAAUGUGUGUGUGUGAGCGUUGGUCAGGUUUAUGCUAAUGGUAUAAAAACUACAGAAUGUGGCCAGUGCAAACCUGCCUUCAACUUCCUCCUAAUGUGGUUAAAAUUCCCCGCUUGAAAGCUCUCAGUUGAAGUUUCAUUGCAAACGCAGCAUGAAAGAAACUUACAUUAUGAAGUUCAGUCACCUUCAGCUCUGUGAGUUUAUGUACUUAUUUAUUUAUUUAUUUAUUAUUAUUUAUGUUUUUUUUUUUUGCUGCUGUGUAAACUAAAGCAAUGACUAAAUAUGUUUUAAUAACAA